UUCAAAUGAUCAGCUCACCUGCAAGCCUGAUAACAAUCCUCUGGCCCAUUAAAAGCAUUUUCAUCCGAAGUGAAGAUAUUCGUGGAAAUAAAAAUACCCGUUGGCCAUUUUGAAUUUAAUUCAUUUUUGCCAAUCAGUUGUUUUCGUUCUUUAUUCUGUUUUAUUUUUGUAGCAAUAGAUGCCCAUCAAAACGACUCAUUUCCUCCUAUAAAUGAAAGAAAUAAUGGCAAUAAAAAACAUUUUUUUACUGCCAUUUGACAUUUUUUUUGCCCACCGAAUUUUUCAUAAUAGGUGUCAUUUGAAAGCUGGAGUUGUGAAUGGUGUGAAAAAGGUAAGAACCUCCAAGCAAUUUUUAUUUUGUGGUAAUGAGAGCAAUGUUUUUUAGACUGUAGUCUACAAUAUAGUGGACAUUGAGGAACGUUGGAAACCAGCGUCUUUCCCCAUACUAAACUGGAAAACAUUGCCAUGUACAGGCCAGAAAGCGCAAUUGCUGUAUUUUAAGGUCGAAAGUAGAGCGCAAAGGUGGAGCCAACUUCAGCGUCAUGGAGGACGUCACCUUGCACCGUGGGCGAUGCUGAGUUCAUAAAUUGAGAUGGGGGGACGGGAAAUGUAGAUCAGAUACACAAGGAAAGUCUUCAUGGAGCAAUUGUCUCAACGGAACGCGAGGAGAACCUCUCGACUCGGACAAGUGGGAACCAUUUGCGCCGUGCAUCUGUCGUUAUUUAUGCUGAGCACUGCGCUGCUUGUAUUAGUGUUGGUUGUGCUUAGAGGAGGAUGUUCCCAAUCACCUGCCUCAAAGUCUGUGGUGCAUGGAGGCAGUCUUUCAUCAGCCCUCAGAAGCCGUCCACACAAGAAUAAAGUCGAAGCUGCUAUGCUCACAGCUCCUCACGACAAGAAGACAGUUGAGGAAUACCUUCUGUGGGAGAGUGUGAAUGGAAAUGCCCACCUACAUGGAGGCUUCCGCUACUCCAAUGGAAGCUUAGUGAUUCCCACGAAAGGCUUGUACAGAGUUUUCCUGCAGCUCACUUACGAGAGCAACACCGAAUCGAAAUUUGAUCUGAAACUCUCCAACACGGUGGUCCUUUACCAUGAUUCUUAUCCCAGCGACGUGACUCUCCUGUCAUCCGUCGACACAGUAAGCCACAGCACAAAACAAUGGAGUAAAUCACUUCAUACCAGCGGCAUAUUUUUGAUGAAGGCUAACAGCAGACUGCGAGUGAAAUCGGCGAACGCCAACCUCAUUUCUUCAGAAGAACAUCUGGUGUUCUUCGGGGCUGAACUUCUGUCUCAGUAAUGUGGU